AUGGCCACGGUAGUGUCUGCCAUAGACAGUGAUUGGUACGAUGCGCAUGCGACUUGUUACGGCGACAUGGGCGGCGGAGAAACCAUGCAGGGAGCUUGUGGAUAUGGAGAUCUUUUCAAACAAGGAUAUGGACUAAAGACCGCAGCACUGAGUACGGCCCUUUUCAAUGAUGGACUUACCUGUGGCGCUUGUUUCGAGAUCUAUUGUCACAACGACCCGCAGUGGUGCAUUCCGAAUGCCGGUUCAAUCAAAAUCACUGCAACAAACUUCUGCCCUCCGAACUACACCCCAAAUAAACCGGACGCCUGGUGCAAUCCUCCGCAGAAGCACUUCGACCUUUCCGUGAAAAUGUUCACGAAGCUUGCGGAGUACAGGGCCGGAAUCAUCCCCGUCCGCUAUCGCCGCAUCUCGUGUUCCAAGCAUGGAGGAAUCAAGUUCGAGAUCAACGGGAACCCGUACUUUACCCUCGUGCUAAUUUACAACGUGGGCGGCGCCGGGGACGUGAACGCCGUGAAGAUCAAGGGCUCGAACACUCAAUGGAUCGCGAUGAGUCGUAACUGGGGGCAAAAUUGGCAGACCGGAACUGUCUUGACGGGGCAAAGCUUAUCGUUUCAAGUCACCGUGAGUGACGGGAAGAAAGUAAAACUCAAUAAUGUGGCGCCUGCUGGGUGGCAAUUUAGGCAUACAUACAACGGGAGAAACAAUAUCUAG